CCAUGCAAGAAACGGCGAGAGGAAGAUGCUUCUGUAAAAACAAUCACAAGAUAUUUUUCACCAUUAGCAAAACCAGCAGAUAAAUUGUUGUCACCACCAAAACCCAACAAUAUAUUGGAUUAUUUUAAAAAGACUGCUGUAACUGAGAAAGCUACGUUACCAGUUGUAGCUGGAGAAAAUAAAACACCGUUGGAUGCUGAUGACAGAGACUGUAAGUCACCUUUUAAACCACCUUUAAAGCGGAAGAGGAAAGGGAAGAGAGUUAUUGUAAAUAAUAAGCUAAGACAGAUGAAAGAAUCUGAGACUGAACAUGAAAUAGAAAUUAGUAGUGAUAACAGCAGAGAAACAACAGGACUGAAACAAGAUAGUAAUGAUUUUAUUGCUACUUGUACUUUAGUUGACCAAAAAUGUGCAAGAGAAUUAGCAGAAGAUAAUGUGCAAGGAGAGAACCUCUCAAAUGCUGUCAUCUACAGAAAAAAUGCGAAGAAAGUUGUUUCAGAAAUAAACAGAACAAAAAAUAGGAUAAGAAAAUCAAGGAAAAGGAAGCACAAAGUAGAUAUGGAUUUGUCUGAAAGUUUUUCAUCUGAAAACCAGCUGAAUGAAAAGUGGAGAAAGGAAACCGAAGAUAAGAAAAAGAUGGUGUCUCCUACAAUAGCAGAGUGUGACGCUACUGUUAGUGACUCCAGUUUUGAAGUUCAUAUGGAUGAUAAGACAUCACAGGUAAAUAAUAGCAUAAUAACAGUGUCAUUUGAGGACUUCUUGAAGAGUCAGGGAGAAAAUAACGUAGAUCAUAUUGAAGAAGACACAAAGCCAAUGAUGGACAAUUCUGCUACAGCAAAUGAAAUGGACAAAAGUUAUUGUAUAAGUGACCCAGAAAAGUGUGAGGAAUCUCAACAGCUACCACUUAGAACAGUAACUGUCCUUGCACAAGUUCAUUCCAUUCCCCCAAAAUUAGCUCCUUUACAUAAGGAGCAAAAAUGCUCUAGGAAAAUAGCUUCCAUUUUUUUGAAGCAGAAGGGAUGUGUAGGGGAAAAAGAAAGUAGCCCACCCCUCUUGGACAGUGAACAAACCGAACAGGUUGCUCAGAAGAGAAAAUCUAAUGUAGUUAUUGAGGAAGAAGAAUUGGAGUUAGCUGUACUAGAGACUGCAGGGUCAGAUUCUUUGAAGCCAAAAUGUACUCUGGAAGAAAGGCAUCAGUUUAUGAAGGCAUUUAGACAACCAACAUCAGAUGUAAUAAAAAGCGGAGUUAAAAAGGCACCUGGAAAACAAAAGCAAGCCAUUGGAAAGUCUUCAAAAGAAAAAGAAGGACCUGAAGAUGACAUUGCUUCAAAUAAAGGAUUAGAAAGUGGAGUACCAGAAGAUUAUAUGGACAAAUAUACACAUUCUAGUCCUGAAAACAACAGAACUAAAACCAAAAGACCUAAAAAGUUUCAGAAAAAAGGAAACGGAAGGAGGAAGGCUUCAGAAACUAAGGAAACAAAUGUCUCAAAUACUAGCAGUUAUAAUGGAGAUGUGGAUUCGGGAACUAAUGUUCUUACUAAGGAAAACACCUUAGAUGUAAGAAUUUCAUCAAGUCCAAAAGUGAAUGAGUUAAGAAGGAGUUUAAGGCAGAAGAAAAUCAAAACAUCAAAAAUUGUUACACCUAAAAAAAACAGGAUUAGAAAUACCUUUUCUGAAGAUGAAUUAAGUGGCUGUUCUUUUCAUACUUCUACACCAAAAGCAAGCAAGCGACCCUUGAAGAAAAGUAACGUGUAUAAAGCCGAGGUGAUUACGGUGCCAUUUGAUGGAAACAGCCCAAUAAGAAUGAGGUUUACACGUAUCAAUGCGACUGCAAAAUCGAAUAAAGCUGAAGCAAUGAAAAAUGAAGAGUUUAGCUCCAAAAAUAUAAAGAUAAGCUCUACUUCUAAAAAUAUAUCCAAAGCAAAACAGCUGAUUGAAAAAGCGAAGGCUAUACGGCAUAAUAGAUCAAAGGUUAAUGAAGACUCACCAGCUCCUGUGAGGCGCUCAUCUCGACAGCGAGCUCUUGCUGAAAAGAAAAAGUUACAAGAAAGUGAAGAAUCGGUAGUAAUUCUAGAUUCAAGCCUGAGUAAUGACACUACUACAGUGGAGAAUGUGAAGCAAAAGAAUCUUCGGAGCUUAAAUGAUGUUUUGGGGAAAAAGUCUGGAAACUUGAAGGUUGCGAAGAACUCAAAUGGAAAACUGGGAUAUCCACCUUCCUCCCUAGGCAGAUAUGCUCAAAACUCUGCAGGUGAACCAAUUGUGAUCUUUGAUGAAAGCAGCCAAGAUGCAUCUGAAAAUUCUCAAGACGAUGAUCAGUUCAGAGCAAAACGUGAAUUCUUGAUGAGUGGAUUGCCAGAGUCACUGAAAAGACAGAUUGCGAAGAAAGCAGCAGCAAUGGAAGCAUACUCUCUUGCAAGUUCAUGUUUUAGGACUGUUGUCCAUGUACAGCAGAAAGAUGACUGUUAUCCAAUGUGGAAAUUGAAAUCACCAUCGUGUCCUCUAUUAACUAGGCUAAGGAAAGUGAACACUGAAGUCACCAAUGUCACAAAAAUCACUCUGUCGCUUGGUGAAUUUUCUACUGUGAAUUCAAAACUAACUGGAAACUGUUCUGCACCUGUGCUUUCUGGCCACCGACCAGUUUUUCCUGAUACAUUCAAGGAAGAUUUACUUGAUGAGAUAAUGUCUUCUAGUUCUCAAUUUCCUGUGAGAAAAUACUUUUACAAGUUUCUGAAAAAGCAAACGGAACGGUUGGUUCUUGAAAACAGUAUACAAGGUUACAGAGAUCGCACUGCAAAUUCUGAGGUAAAUCAGAAACAUUCUGACAACUGGAAGGAAACUAAGAGGAAAAGGAAAGAAAUGGAAGACCACAAAUCAAAAAGAAGAAAACAAAUUGAAGGUACAGAGACAGAAAUAAAAUCCAGAGUUUCCAGGAACCUUAUUUCUCCUGUAUCUGGAGAAAAACAAGCAGAGACAGGACAAGCCAUGCAUUUGGGAAAAAACAAGACCCAGAAAUCAGAUGUUACAACACAAGACACUGAAUAUUUAUUGGAGCCAAAUGCACUUUCAGGUGUUGAAAAGGAAGACAUGCUCUGGACAGAAAAAUAUCAGCCUCAAGAUUCCAGUGAACUUGUAGGGAACAAGAAAGAAAUUGAAAGGCUACACAG